AUGACGAGAGACGGUAAAAAUGAGGCAGCGUUCGUCAUCUCGAAUCAAGUUGACGGUGAAUGGAAUAAAGACAGCUGUACUUCUGAUGGCGUAAUCGUCCGCAACGCAAGUAAAAUUUAUGGCGUCGGAAAUAGCCGCUGCGCAAUUCUGGAAACAUUGAACAUGACCGUUAAAAAGGGAACGAUAUACGGAUUAUUAGGGGCCAGUGGCUGUGGCAAGACGACCCUUUUAAGUGGUAUUGUUGGCCGUCGCAGAUUAAAUAGCGGAGACAUACUCGUCUUCGGACACGAGCCCGGCUCCGAGGAGAGCGGAAUACCUGGUCCGCGGGUCGGCUACAUGCCUCAAGAUCUGGCCCUGCACGCCUAUUUUACCAUUAAAGAGACGUUGCAUUACUUCGGUCGAAUCUACAAUUUUAAAGCAGAUUUCGUCGAUACCCAACUGGAAUUUUUAUCCAAGUUGUUGGACCUUCCGCCGGGCGAUCGUUACGUCAGAACGCUGAGCGGCGGCCAGCAGCGAAGAGUUUCCUUUGCUGUCGCCUUGUUUCACGAACCGGAAUUGUUAAUUUUGGACGAACCGACUGUUGGCGUUGAUCCUUUACUAAGACAAAGCAUAUGGGAUCAUCUUGUCCGUCUGAGCACUGAUCAUGGAACAAUGGUCAUCGUUACGACCCGCUACAUCGAAGAAGCUCGUCAGGCCAACACGAUUGGAAUGAUGCGUUCAGGUCGUUUGCUAGCGGAGAAUAGUCCCGAAAAUCUCCUACGCAGUUAUGGGCUUUGCUCAUUGGAAGAUGUGUUCCUUCAGCUAUGCAUGAAAGACUUCAGUAAACCACACACUGAAAUCAGUAACAAUAGCGAAGAUGUCGGUGGGGUAUCGUUUGAAGUUCAACCACUUUCGGGUUGCAUUGACAACGUUGGGUUUGAACCCAGCACCAGUCAAUUGGAUAUCUCUGGAACACCUAUUCCCCGUCUACGCAACAAGAUUGCCGGCACUUGA